UUUUUUUCCCUUUUCCUCUCUUCUUGUUCUUGUUCUUGUUCUCCCUCUCCCUCUCUCUCUCUCUGUGUGUGUGUAUAUAUCUCUUUGUCCCUCUUUUUCUAAUCGCCUCCGUAUCUAUUUGUAAAUCGUCUUUUUAUGUUCGGUUGCUCCAAAAGCGGCCAAUUCGUCAUUGAUCCCGAAUUCAGAUCGGCCCACCAUCUCGGCAUCAUAUUAUCCCAAAUUGCUCUGUGCUAGACUUUCUCAUUUGGAGAUAGUCGCCUUUCAAAUUGUAUCACAAUGACAGGCCAGAACCCCUCCACAAACCCAGUCACCAUUGUGGUUGAGCAUUUGGACCCUGAAUUGGGGGCUUGGUCGGCCUUGGAAUAUGGCUGCAUCGCUCGCGAAUCGCAUGCGGCUGGCAGCCAAUUUCUCCUUAGCUCGGUGCCCACCUCUCUGCAGAUGCCAGAAGAUUUGGCCGCGACAGAAGGAUUAAAAGUCGAGCACCGCAGCAUUGAAGAGAUUUUUGCGGAUCGAAAGUCUAAGAUCUGUCUGUUAGAUCCCGCGGCUCAGGCUGAAUUGAGCCCCGCCGAUGGAGAAAUUUUUGAAGUGUUCCUUUUCGGGGGUAUCCUUGGCGAUGAUCCUCCGCGAGAUCGCACUUCGGAAUUGAGAAAGAAGGGUUAUGCUGGAAGACGACUCGGUCCCAAACAGAUGACGACUGAUACAGCCGUGCGUGUCACCCGCAUGGUUGUGCAUGAGAAAGUGCCUCUAGAAAAUAUCCAGUAUAUCGAUUACCCCGAGAUUUUAAUCAAUGAGCAUGAACGAACUGAGAUGCCCUUCCGCUACGUGAGAGGGGAUGAUGGACAACCUAUCAUGCCUCAGGGGAUGGUUGAUCUUAUCAAAAAAGACGCGGACCAGGGCAUCGAUGAUCUUUUCUGAUCUGGGCUAUAAGCGUCCACUACAAAGUGUACAAAGAAGGGGGGGAGAGAAGGGCAAGAUGUAUGUGUGUGUGUGUGUGUGCGUUAAUUAAUAAACAUGGAGACUGAUAUUUGAGCAAGUUUUCCUUUUCAUCUUCAUCGCCUUGCACUGCUACACAUUUUUUUACCACACUUGAACAGAAAAAUAAGAAACAGUUAAACAAAUUUGCCCUUUAACCAAGUUUGUCCUAUCUAUAGUAUAUACUGGCAGUGUUCAGUAUAUCAAGAAACAAUGAACCUGUCCUACAUUGGCAAGAAUAACGACUAUUUGUAGUCUUUUAAAAGCGAAUGGGGAACAGAAAGACUUAAAGAUGUUCAUCGUUGCCCUAUAGAUCCCCUAAAGAGGCAAUGAUAGGAAGAUCCGCAGUUGUUCCAAUUAACAAGGAAAAACGGAUACUUGCUUGAGCGGCAGAUCUUGGCGGCCCAUUCGAAAGCGGUCUGGAAUUAUUGCAGUACGUAGUACGAUAAUGCUGCUGAAACGACUCCAUUCAACGCCACUCCAUCG